AUGGCAACGCUACAACACCUACCAGCGGAAUUGUUAAUCUCUAUUUUCGACUACUUAGGGGAUACUGAGGCCCUGUGGUCCCUGUGCUUAGUGUCCAGAAGCCUCUGCGGCAUAGCUCAGCAUUUACUCUAUCGGGAUCUACUUUUUGCACCUUUGCAUACACCAGAGUGCUCUCCAAGGAGACUCUUCCUUUUGACUCGUACUAUCGUAUCUUGCCCUCACUUGGCUGUCCAAGUACGUCGCAUAAACCUCGAUGCUGUUAGGGAUUGUGAGCUUUGUGGUGGGGAGAUGGAAUUCAAUAUUUAUGACAGACCCAACUCAGCCAAUCCCUCCAUUGAUGGGUAUAGUUACGAUGAUAAAUUAUACUACGUACCCACCAAACUUGCGCUAUUCCAUGAUAAGGAGUAUGGAUACCCAGACGUGACCGCACUCACCUCAUUACUUUUAUCCCACUUACCCAAUCUCGAGCACUUGAACGCUGUGCUAGGUCACCAUAGCGUUUCCCGUUUGAUUCGAAUGCCAACCGAAGAACAUCACUGUUCGCUCCUGCUCAGCGUACUGAGGAUCUUAAAUCUCACCUCAUCGGGUAAAGAGCAAAUGAAAAUCAGUUUAAACGAUAUAAUGCCGCUCCUGUCAUUACCAAGGCUGCAUGAGAUAAACCUUGACCAUGUUCGAGGCUGCGGUCCGACUGGGAUUUCUGAACCGACGUCUGCCUCUGUUCCUCCCAAACGAUUCAUGUUUUCUAAGAUAUCAUUUCGAUAUAGCUGCGUGGACGCACGCAGCAUUCAAGCACUUCUUGGUGCUUGUAAAUCUCUCAGGGUAUUCAGAUACCGAUUUUGCGCAAGCUCUGUCAAUCAGUUCAACCCGUCAGAACUCAGAUCAGCGUUAAAUACUCAAAUGGAAUCACUUGAACACCUCCAAGUUUCCUUUUACUGGAACAUGGAAGAUAAAGACUAUGCGCGAUACUGGAAGCGCGCGACAUAUGGCUCUUUGAAUAAAUUUCGAAAAUUGAAAUCACUGGAUCUGGACCAGGCAUUUCUUGAUGAUUUGCCAAAACUUCCAAAAAGCCUAGAACGGUUUGCACUUCAAAAUUGUUACGAGUCUGUGUUUGAAACCAUGUGCCACCUGGCUCGUGGUGUUAACCAGGGAGCUUUACCCUUACUUGAUGAAGUCUACUUGAGUACAGACGUUUUAUCCCCCGGGAAAAUGCUGGGCUUGCCAUUAAGAGGGGCUACUGAUUUGCUGUUUGAAAAAUCGUGUGAUACCCUGAAGUCUUUGUUUACCGGGACAAGCGUUUGCGUGAAAUUCGAGACUGAUUUGUUGUCAAAAAUUGCGGACGAUUAUAGUUUUGCAUUUGAGAUUGAUAGGUCAGGUAUCUUUUGGCCUUUGAUUUAUCUUGCCUGA